AUGAACUUCCAGGAAGAUAAGGUGGUGGAUUUCAGACAUCUGCAGUCUGCCAUUACAUAUCAGCAGGAGGUAAGAAAAGAACUGAUUGAUGAUAUGAAGGCACAGAUGGCAAGUGAGAUGGCAAAUAAAGAUGCAGAGACCCAGAAACUUACUCAGAAGUAUGAGCUGCUGCUCAACCUGACAAGAGCUCAAGCAACAGUCAUUCAGAACUUGAAGUUGAACAAAAUGAAAGAGAAGCAAGUGCUUACUGAAGCUAGCAUGAAUUUGGAGCUGAAGAAUGCAGAGCUAACAAAGUGUCAGGAGAAGCUCACCCAAGAGAAGCUAGAGUUGAAGCUUCAGGUUGCUGAUCUGCUUAAGGGAAAUGAAAAGCAUAUUGAAGAGAAGUGGCAGUUAGAGUUUCAGAAUGAAAAGUUGAAGGAGAAGUUCAGGGGGAUUCAGGCCAUCUUGGAGAAGUGA